GUAUUCUUGUGUAAAAUGAAACCAAUUCUGGAUUUAUACGCUGCCUGGAAUGUCGCGGACUACCUUCGUGAAACCCGUCGAUUUGCUAAAGCUAUUGAAUUUUAUGAGGACUGUUUUAUUUUCCUGAGGAUGUGCAUCACGAACGGUUUUGAGCGCAUCAUACAACGAAGACCUCGCGAAGUUGAAAGACAGUUAUAUAUGGGUCUAGCCAUUGCCUAUGCCCACACUGGCAAUCCAAAGAAGGCGAAAGAGUUGGCCGAAAAAUGUCUGGAAAUCAACAAAAAAUCUGGGAUUGAAAGAAGAGAAGCCAACUGCUACGAAUUUAUUGGUAAGAUGCACUUUUAUCUUGGCCAAUGUGAGGAAUCGUUAACUUUUUACAAGAAAGCCCUGGACUUACGGAAGAGAAUAAAAGAUAAGGAAAAGUUGGCAAAUUCGUGUAGUUCUAUUUCCUCUGUGUAUUUUCACUUAUGCCAGUAUAACGCAGCAAUAAAAUACGCUCAGGAGGCUCUUGAGAUCAGUAUAGAAAUUAAAGGUCGGGAAGUGGAGGGGGUCGCUUACGCAGGACUGUCCAAUGUAUAUUUCACACUCGGAGAGUUCGGCAAAGCGAUUGAAUAUUUAAUGAAAGACUUGGAAGUCUGCAAAGAGUUUCAUGAUCGGGAAGGAGAAGCAACAACCUACACCAAUCUAGGUGCCACUUACCAUGCUUUACACCGAAAUGAGAAAGCCAUUGAGUACUGCGAAAAGGGACUUGGAAUUUUUCGCGAUGAAGGAAUUAGACGAGGUGAGGGAUGGUGCUACCUUAAUCUUUUCACCUAUUACCUCCAUCUUGGAGAUUAUGCAACAGCCCUAACAUAUAACGACGGAGCCCUCAAUAUAAUGCGUUCACUUGGUUACAAAGCAGAAGAAGGAGAAAUCCUUUACAGUCAAGCUAAAGUUUGCUUUACAUUCAUGCAAUAUGAAAGGUCAAUAGAGUUUUCAAAGAAAGCUCUUACCAUCAAAACAGCUAUGGGAGACAAGAGAGGAAUAUAUCGGUGCUACGUGGUCAUUGGUCAAUCCUAUAGCAACCUCGGUCAGUAUCAAAAAGCAAUUCACUUUGCAAAGAGAAGUCUCAAAACAAGCGAGACAUUGGAAAACUUUAUUGAAACAGGAGAUCCCUGGAGUAUCAUUGGUAGUGCGCUUUUCUAUCAAGGUCUCUACGAAGAAUCCAUUGAAUACUUCACAAAAGUGCUUCAAAUAUGCAGGGCGAUCGGAGACUAUUUUGGCGAAGGAAACAGCUACGCCAACAUUGCUUCUGCAUAUUUUGCAUUGUGGCAGGUUGAAAAAUCAAUCGAGUAUCACAAAAAGGCACUCCAGAUCAUGAAAGAAGUUGGAUCAAGAGAUGGCGAGCGCGUGGUCAACCAAAGCCUAAGCGCCAGUUUUGCGGCAAAGAACAACCAUCCAGAAGCGGUCUAUUGUCUCUCAGAAAACAUACGUUGCCACGAGGAGAUGCGAGCGCACCUUGCAGAUGAACACAAGUUGUCGUUAGAUGACCAAAAUAUCAUCAGCUACAAAAUUCUUUGCCUUUUGCAAAUAAAGCGUGGCAAUCAAAAUGAAGCCUUGUGCAUUGCAGAACAAGGAAGAGCCCGUGGUCUUGUAGACUUGCUGUCAGCAAAGUAUGGUGUUGAGGAGGUCAGUGGUUCAAGAGCACUCAAUUUGAAUGCUAUGAAAGAGCUUGUCACUAUGCAACAAUCAGAUAUGCUUUACUUAGCAACUCAGCUAGGACCUUUAUCAAUUUGGUUCUUAAAGAAAGACGGAAGAAUAACUUUCUUUGGGUCUUCCAAGACUGAUUCCCAUGGAGAUGAUUUGGCGGAUAAACUGGAGGAAUUGACAAGAAGCAUUUUACAUUUGCUUGAUAACGUUGACUGCGAAGACCGAUCGUUAGCCGCAUGGUAUGGAAAUGAGUUCCCACCUGCAGCAAGGCAGAGCGAGGUAUCUGGGCCUACCAACAAAACUGAAAAAUGUAAACAUGGAAAUCUAGAAUCAAAGUUACAGUUAUUGUUCGAGAUGACAAUCUCUCCUUUUGCUAAUGUUAUUGAGGGUCCAGAGAUCAUAAUUGUCCCUGAAGGGUUGUUGUUUCUUAUUCCUUUUCCUGCAUUGCUUGAUUCAUCCGGGAACUGCUUGUCGCAAGCGUAUAGGAUCCGCCUCGUCCCCUCUCUUACAACCCUCAAAGUUAUUCACGACUCUCCAGAGAACUUUCACAGUCAGGCUGGAGCACUAAUUGUGGGAGAUCCGAAGGUUGGCCGUAUAAAUAUUAAUGGAAAUGUUAAGGUGUUGUGUCCAUUACCGAAGGCCAGAGAAGAAGCAGAAAUGAUAUCAGAAAUGCUUCAAAUUCCAUGUCUUGUGGGAGAAGAGGCUACAAAGGAUGAAUUUUUUCGAAGAAUUCGAGAUGUAAGCUUGGUGCACAUAGCCGCCCAUGGUGAUGCCGAAAGAGGAGAAAUAGCUCUUGCACCCAAGAAAUCACUUAGGGGCAUUCCAAAGGGGGAGGACUGCAUCCUGACGAUGAAAGAGGUUGCUGGGGCUCGUAUUAGAGCUAAUUUAGUGGUACUUAGCUGUUGUCACAGUGCUCGUGGAAAGAUCCUUGCAGCAGAAGGAGUGGUCGGAAUCGCUCGUGCAUUUCUGGGGUCCAGUGCCCGUUCAGUUCUAAUGUCAUUGUGGGCUGUUGAUGAUGAAGCCACCAUGGUUUUUAUGAGCGUAUUUUACAGGUGCAUGAUCCAUGAAAAAAUGAGUGCGAGAGAAGCCCUUCACCGUUCCAUAAGUGUUAUGCGAGAAUCAUCAGAGUACAACAAUAUGAUGUACUGGGCACCAUUUGUCCUCCUUGGAGAUGAUGUCAAAUUGAAUUUAAGUGGGGAG